CAUCCGACGUUUCCCUUGCCGACGAACCUCUCUCUCUCUCUCUCUCUCUGAGAUCGACGUCGCUCCUUUCUCCGUCCCCCAACGGGUAAACGCCGACCGGAAAUCCAUCUCCGAAGAAAAAUGACUAAGAGAGUUCACCCAAACUUACCCGUACUUGAAUCCCCCAAACCAAUGCUCUCCACCUCCGGCGAUCGCUGCUCUCCUCCUCCGCCGACACCGCCGGAGACGGCUCCAGUGACCCUCACCGUAUGGCGAAAGUCGCUUCUCUUUAACUGCAACGGGUUCACCGUCUUCGAUUCGAAGGGAAAUCUUGUCUUCCGCGUCGACGAGUACGCCAAAUCUGGCAAUAAGGGCGAGAUCGUCCUCAUGGACGCCGCCGGCAGCCCCCUCCUCACCAUUCGUCGAAAGAAACUGAGCCUGGGAGAACACUGGCAGAUCUACGAUGGUGAGGAGUUGGCGAACCCUCUCUUCUCCGUUCGAAAGCACGUGAAAUUCAUUCAAUCAAAGUCGCUGGCGCACGUGAUUCCUUGUGGUUCGCCGCCGGCGACGGCGAGCGGCAGCGAUACCGGCGCGGGGUUCGAGAUCGAGGGCUCGUACGCGCAGCGUUGCUGUCUGGUGUACGACGAGAAGCGGCGGGUGGUGGCGGAGAUCCGGCGAAAGGAGCUGGCCGGAGGAGUAGCGUUUGGGCUCGAUGUUUUCCGGCUUGUUGUACAGCCCGGAUUCGAUGUUGCGGUUGCGAUGGCGCUUGUUAUUCUUCUAGACGAGAUGUUUGGAGCUAAGAGUUCGCCGAUCUGAAUUUAGGGUUUAGGGUUCCGCCAUUUUUUUUGGUUGUGAAGCUAUUGGAGUGUGAAGAUGGUGACUGGUAAGAUCAAAUGGUUUCUGCUUCUACUUCGUGUAACAGGAGUUUGAACAUUUCUGGGAUUAAAGUUUAAAAAAUAAAAAAUGUCUCCUUUUUUUAUUA